AUGUUUCGACGUGUCUUCAACAAGGACUUUAAUAUUGGAUUCAAGAGUCCAGCAACUGACAUGUGUAGUUACUGUGAAAAGACUAGAAACCUCAUAAAAAAUGCUACUGGUGAAGCCAAAGUUAACUUGAAAUUUCUAAAGCAAAACACGAGGCGUACUUUGAUUUAUUUACCCGUGUAUGUGCGUGUUUUAUCCGACUUUAAUCUAUUUCGUCUUUUUCUAUUGCAGGUAAGCAGCGAGUUAUUUGCGAUUGUCACUGACAGGGAAAGAAGAAUGGGUUUUAGUCUGGUUACUGUAAUCUAUUUAGAAAAAAAAACAUAUCAUACCCAGUUGGAUAGCCCUACAAUCGCCAUAGGUAGCGGCCAGCCACUUACACCUCCACGUCUUUCUCCUGCAACUCCUGCGAGAGAGACUGGCGUCGAGCCCUGCGGGAAACAGAGUCACUCCCUUACCUACUGCGAUACUCUAAGAGAAAUCUCGCCGGGACUGAAAAUUGAGAGUAAUAAAGUGCCGACGAAUAUUUUAUAUAAGUGUGAUCCGGAUUUACAGAGACGGACUAUUUGA